GAAAUCCUUUAACUGACCUCAGCAAAGCGACUGCCCUUCGUUGCUUCUUUCCAUAUCUGCACUCCUCCUUCAUCCAGAAUUUUUUUUCUUGACUCUUUCCAUGGAAGACUCGACGUCCCCGAAGCGAGAAAAAGCAAACCAAGAUCCGAGGGAAGCAGGGCAGCCAUGGGAAGAAGUAACAGCAGCUUCUUCCCAAGGUCUUGAGUCUGGGUUAUCUGAGCCCUUGGAAUUGGAGCAGGGGCUGGAAACUGGACCCCAACCCAGAAGCCCUCCUCAGAGCCCACAGUCCAGAGCCAGCAUCCCUCUGGAUGACCUCACAGGACCAGGUGCAUCAUAUCCACCUUCCCCUCCACAGGAGGCCUCUUACACUCCUUCUCCCCCGGCUCUGGCCAGACAGGACCUUGCAGCGCCAUGGCAGUCAGACAAAACCACUAGUGUGAAUCCCGAAGCUGGGACACCUCACUUCCACCAUUUGGAACAAUCGUCUGAUAAAGGAGAAUCGACUGCGUCUCACACAUUCCAAUCAGAGGGAAGCACCUUCCGACAGUCUCAGCAAACCAAACAUCACCUGUAUGGACCAGAGGAUGUGAACUAUAACAACUCUAAACAAAAAGAGCUGAGAUUUAACAUCUUUCAGGACGAAGACUCAAACAGUAACUAUCAUCUGGAUUACGCUGAACCUGGGGUCUCUGAACUGGCCCCCAGCAUGCUUGAGAUCACCAUUCAGAGUGCUAAGGCUUACCUACAGAAGACUAGUAGCAAGUCUGGCUUAAAUUUGUAUGAUCAUCUUUCUGAUAUGCUCGCCAAGGUCUUAGAUGAGCGUCCGGAAAAUGCUGUGGAUAUCAUUGAAAGUAUCAGCCAAGAUGUGAAGAUGGGACAUUUUAGGAAAAAAUCAGAUACACUCCAAAAUGAGAAUGAGAUGCUUCCAACAUAUGAGAUAGCAGAGAAGCAAAGGGCUCUUUUUCUCCAGGGAAAUUUGGAAGGAGCUGACCAAGAACUAGAAGAUGAAAUAGCAGAAAACGCUCUCCCAAAUGUAAUGGAGUCAGCUUUUUAUUUUGAACAAGCUGGAGUUGGUUUGGGCACAGAUGAGACUUAUCGCAUAUUUCUUGCCCUCAAGCAGCUUACCGACACCCACCCCAUCCAAAGAUGUCGUUUCUGGGGCAAGAUCUUGGGUCUGGAAAUGAAUUAUAUUGUAGCUGAAGUAGAAUUCCGUGAGGGAGAGGAUGAAGAGGAUGUGGAAGAGGAAGAUGUAACUGAAGAGAGGGACGAUGCAGAUAGCGAAGCUGAUGAAGAUGACGAAGACCAAUUACCAAGGACCUUUUACAAGACCCCACAGGCUAUACCAAAAGAAGAAAACAGGACGGGUGCCAACAAAUAUGUGUAUUUUGUUUGCAACGAACCAGGAAGACCAUGGGUGAAGUUACCCUCGGUUACGCCUGCACAAAUUGUUACUGCAAGAAAAAUAAAGAAAUUUUUCACUGGGCGUUUAGAUGCUCCCAUCAUAAGCUACCCACCUUUCCCGGGAAAUGAGAGCAAUUACUUACGAGCACAAAUUGCCAGAAUUUCAGCAGGGACCCACGUCAGUCCUCUGGGAUUCUAUCAGUUUGGUGAAGAGGAAGGAGAGGAGGAAGAAGAGGUAGAAGGCAGACGAGACAGCUUUGAAGAAAACCCCGAUUUUGAAGGCAUCCAAGUGAUCGAUCUUGUGGAAUCCCUAUCCAAUUGGGUUCAUCAUGUGCAACACAUUCUGUCCCAGGGCCGCUGUAAUUGGUUUAACCCCAUACAAAAAAGUGAGGAGGAAGAAGAAGAGGAAGAUGAAGAAAAAGAAGAAGAGAAAGGAGAAGAGCCUGACUAUACAGAACAGGAAGUGGGGCCACCUCUUUUGACACCAAUCUCUGAAGAUUUAGAAAUCCAGAAUAUACCACCUUGGACAACACGGCUAUCCUCAAAUCUCAUUCCUCAAUAUGCUGUUGCAGUCCUUAGAUCCAACCUUUGGCCUGGGGCAUAUGCCUUUUCCAAUGGCAAAAAGUUUGAAAAUUUCUACAUAGGCUGGGGUCACAAAUAUAGUCCAGACAACUACACACCCCCAGCUCUACCACCAGUGUAUCAAGAAUACCCCAGUGGAGCAGAAAUUACAGAAAUGGAUGAUCCUACUGUGGAAGAAGAGCAGGCUUUCAGAGCUGCACAAGAAGCAGCUGUUCUUUCAGCUGAGGAAAAUGAAGAAACUGAGGAAGACGAAGAGGAGGAUGAUUAUGACCAAGAAUAAAAUUAGCCCAGGGUCAAAAUGGAAGACUGAACAAAAGCACAAAUCUCUCUUACCACGAUAAUAAAAGAAAAAGUUAAUAAUAAACAUUCAGAUCUAUAGUAAAGCAAGAAAAGAAAAGUAUAAAGGAAAAUCAAAAUGGUAAGUAGGGGCCAUUUUAGGAACUAAAUUCUCAGUACCCUCUCCCCAAACUAAGUGGUGAGAUGUGAAAUUAAGCAUAGAGCAUUCAGCAUAAAGCUUGGAAUUGGGAUCAUAGCCUGUUUGGGAGCAGAAGAUCAAAGAGCUGCAUUUAUCAAGCAGUACUGCAAGCAGAGAGGUGCAGCUUGCCCAGGACAGAGGCAGUACCUCCCCAAGGCCAAGACCUUAUGUCAGUCACGGAAGAGGAACCCAUAGUGAAAGGACUGAGCUAAGCAGCCAUGCAUGUAAGGCCUGGUCUGGAAGUGGAAUAAUAGUAUUUAGAAAGUUGCUGAGACUGCUAUGAAGCUGUUUAUUUCCACAAAGUAGAUGUGACUCGUCUCAUUUUAGCUGGAUCAGCUGACUUUAAAACUGAACUAAGUCAAUCUGAUAUGUCUGGUCAGAGGCUGCAAUCAAAAGAUUUAAAAUUAGUUGAUAUAUCCCAUGGUGGUGAAAUGAAAAACAAGCUAUUGAGUUAUCUACUGAUGUUCUUUCCAAUGAAAUUCAUUCAAAAAGAGAAAUUAAUUCAAUACUUGGGUGAAAUCAGCCAAGAACAGACAAGUACUAUUUUGGAGCCAAAGAUACACUAAAGGUUUUGGAAGUGGGAGCUGUAAAGAUUCUAACAGUUUAUGAAAAUCUGGAUAUAAUGAGAAAUAUUCCUCAUUGUCAAGGCACAGAAGAGGAGAAAAUUCUCUAACUGCAGAAUAAGAUGAUAAAUCUCAUUUCACUGACAGGACAGGUACAUGAGCUGAUUAAGAACAUGUCCCUGCUGGAAUGGUUUGCUCACAACUAUAAAAAAUUUGGAGCUACACUGGAAAUUGUGAUAAGAAAGAUCCCAGUCUGUGAACGGAUUUGGUGGAAUUGGAAGAAUCUUGCAAUACUGAGCUGAGUUCCACAGAACACAAAGGAGGACACGAUGAAUUUUUUUACCUUGAUAACUAAUAGGUAGUUGACAUGAGUCCCACAAAAUGUGCCUCACCCUGCAGCAUCCAACCCAAGAAGCAUACCCCUGCUGGAAUCCAAGCAGAUCCCUGCCUUAAAAUUGGACCAUUUUCAGAACUUAAUCCAGGAGCAUCAGAUACUGAAAAGAAAACCAAAACAAAACCAGAUCCAACCCUACACUUGGUUUUGCCAUGGUGCCAACAUUGCAACCUACAACUAAGUUCCUAAAUGCUACUUUGGACUAAUUUAGAAAGAAACCCAGUUUUUACUUUACUUGAUGAUGAAUUGGUUGCUCUUGAAUUUUCUGGAAAAAAAAUUUUUUUAACCUUCAUACACAUAAGCAAACAUGAUUUAAGUGCUAUAAAUCUUCAAAAGUUAAUAAAAGUGACAUAAAAAAAAGAAAUGCUAGAGAUCAAACACUUGGGCUCAUUAGUAGGCUGAACAUGGCUGAGGAAAGAAUCUCUGUGUGUGAGGAUAUGACAAGAAAUAUUUCCUAAAAUGAAAUGAGAAACAUAAAAUUUCCCAAAAUGUAAAGAGAAAAAGAUAAAAAAAAAAAAACCUAAAAAACAAAAAAAACCCUCAAUAUCCUGCAUAUCCAAAAACUGUGGGAGAACUGCAAAAGGUGUAACAUACACAAAAUAGGAACACCAGGAGAGAAAGAAAGGAACAAAAGUAUUAUUUAAAGCAAUGAUGACUGAGAACAUCCCCAAAUUAAUGUCUGACAUCAAAUUAUAGAUCUUGGAAGCUCAAAAAACACCAAGCAUAGUAAAUGCCAAAACAACUACAUCUAGGCAUAUCAUAUUCAAACUUCAGAAAGUCAAAGAUAAAAAGUCUCGAAAGAAGCCAGAGGAAAAAAAACACCCUACUUAUAGAGAAACAAAUAUGAAAAUUACAUACGACUUCUCAGAAGCCAUUCAACUAAUAAAAGACAGAAGUGAAAUAUUUAAAUUUUCCAGAAAAAAAAAAAAAAACUCUACCAACCUAAAAUUCUAUAUCCUUCAAAAUAAUCUGUCAAAAGUGAAGGAAAAAUAAAGAAUUUCUCAGACAAAAAAAAAUUGAGAGAAAUUAUUGCCAGUAGACCUGCCUUGCAAAAAAUGUUAAAAGAAGUUAUUCAGAGAGAAGGAAAAUGAUAUUAGUCAUAAACAUGGAUCUCCAUAAAGGAAGAGCAUCAGAAAAGACAUAGGUGAAGGUAUAAAAAAACUUUGAUUUUUCUCAUUAAUUGAUGUAAGAUUGACUUAAGUUUAUUCAAAAUAAAAAUAGCAACAAUGCAUUCAA